CUAUGUAUACUUAUUAGGGCUGGCUAUAUGCUACACAUCACUGGCAAUGCAUUAGUCAAUAUAAAAAAGCUGCACUCCUUCUGCAACUACAAAAGAGCACACCCCAUUUUCCUUCUUUCUGUCCCCUACACAAAACCCUUCCCCAAUUCCAAAGCCACCACACAACAACACAGUAAAAAAGGGUUCUUGGGUUCUUUUCAAAGUGUGGGUGCGUGGGAGAAAAUAAAGCUAAAGAUGGGUGAGAGCAAUAAUGAUGAUUUUGGCCUGAGUUUGAGCCUCGGAUUGCCGCCGGCCACCACCAACGGCAAUAACGGUAAUGGCCGUUCUUUCCCCUUGAAUCUUCUCCACCCUCGCCUGCCUUUAAUGCAGCAAAACACCCCGGCCAGGAAUCUCCAGUCUUCUUCUGAAAAUGGCGGGGGAAUAGAUAUAAACCAGCCGGUGACGGCGGCGGAGUACGACGACAAUGCGAUGGCGUCGUCGCCGCAGAGCACGGCGUCGACGGUGACCGGGAAGCGAAGCGAGAGGGAGUACGAGACGGAGACGGCGGCUGCGGCGGCGGAGGCGGAGAUGGCCGCCACCUCCUCCAUGGAGGAGGACGACGCCGGAGACGACGCCGCCGCCGCCAGGAAGAAGCUGCGGCUGAGCAAGGAACAGGCGGCGGUUCUUGAGGACACUUUCAGAGGCCACAACACGCUGAACCCGAAGCAAAAGGUGGCCUUGGCGAAACAGCUCAAUCUUAAGCCCAGACAAGUGGAGGUCUGGUUCCAGAACAGAAGGGCAAGGACGAAGCUGAAGCAGACGGAGAUAGAUUGCGAGUACUUGCGGCGGUGCUGCGAGCGCCUCGCCGACGAAAACCGGCGGUUACACAAGGAGGUCAACGACCUCCGGGCGCUCAAACUGUCGCCGCAGCUGUACAUGAACAUGAGCCCGCCCACCACGCUAAUCAUGUGCCCUCAGUGCCAGCGCGCGCCGCUCUCCUCGCCGCCGCCAACCUCCUCCGCCUCUUCCUGCGCGCCCACCUUGCCGGCGACCGCCGCCGUCCACCGCCACCAGCCGGCGCCGCCGCCCGGGCUCAUCCAGUGGACUGCCAUCCUCCAGCCUCAGCCGCACCGCCCCUAACUCUAAUUUUGGUCCGUAUAUGCCCUUGUACCAUAGGGUGUUUUGUAAGGUUUUGAGGAUUUUGGAGUAAUUUUGGGUGUAUGUUUAGGAGGUUAAUUUGGUCAGAAUUGAGUAGAGAGUUAUUUAUUGUUUUAGAUAUAUACCAUUGCCUUGUGUUAAUAUCUUUGGCAUGUAAUUAAAUUGGGGAAAUGAAUUAGAUUAUUA